CUUUGAGUCCACUCCGGAUGAGCUCCGAAUCCGCUGGGAGUCCGCGCCGGCUCAGCACCGAGUCCGCUCGGAAUCCGCUCCAGGUUGUCCGGGACCGGCUCCCCGAAGCCCGGGAACCACGAUUUGGGCCUUCGAUGACUCGGGAACCGACGGCCGGGAAGUGGGAAGAGAAACUGAAACGCAUCGAAAAGCGAGCGGGCCACUAUGAAAGGAAUCCGCUGGGCUCCGCGUACAAACCGAGAUUGGCCAGACCGGAGGAUCCCGCCUCCGUCUGGAAGCUCUUCCGUCGCCAAGCGCAGGCUUUUCAAUUUGUCAAAACCUGCAGAGAGGCCGUCCACGUGUUCGCUCUUGAAGACAGCGUGGGCGACGGACACCGGAUUUACCUGGUGACAACGUACUCUGAGCUCUGGCAUUACUACAAGGCCCGGAAAAAUAAGAAAUUUCUCAUGCACUGCUAUGAGGUUAUUCCUGAGAACACCGUGUGCAAACUUUAUUUCGAUCUGGAGUUUGAUAAAGCGGCCAAUCCGGGAGCAGACGGGCCGAAGAUGGUGGCCCAGCUAAUAGAGCAUGUUUCUAGAGCACUGCAGGAAUCAUUUGGGGUGCCUUGUUCCGCUGAAGACGUUUUAAACCUGGACUCCAGCACCGAUGAGAAGUUUAGCCGCCAUCUGAUAUUUCAGCUCCGCGACGUGGCCUUCAAAGACAACGUUCAUGUCGGACGCUUCGUGCGAGCGGCUUUGCGGCCCGCCCCGCCGCCCCUCGAGGAGCAGCCCCGUGCCGGGACCCCAGCCGGCCCGGCCCCCUCCUCCUCGGCCGGCGACGUGGCGGAGGAACCGGGGCCCUCGGGCCAGGGCGGGAGAGACCUUUCCCGCUUCCUGGUGGACGGCAAAGCCGGAGGCCAGCAGCUGUUCGUGGACCUGGGAGUUUAUACAAGGAACAGAAACUUCCGGCUGUACAAGUCAUCCAAACGAGGAAAGAGCGUGACUUUGGAAGUAGCUGAAGAUAACAGAUUUUUUCCGACCCAACCGAAAAAUGUUUCUGAAGAAGAAAGAUAUUUCCUCAGUUCCCUGGUCAGCAACAUCAGGUUCUCAGAGACUUUACGAGUUCUAACCUGCGACCCCCCUGAGGAUAAGGAGCGGAAAACUCCCCACCGGACCAGUUCCGGCCCUCCCGCAGCCACCGUGGGAGGCUCUUGUGCUUCACCGUAUCCGGAACUUGAUGAGUUUGUCCUUUCUCUGGUGGAUAAAGGCGGCGUGAAAGGCGGAAUUCGACGUUGGAAUUAUUUUUUCCCCGAAGAGUUACUGGUGUACGACAUCUCUAGAUACCGCUGGUGUGCCAACGUCGGAAGAGCCCACAAAAGCAAUAAUAUCAUGAUUCUGGUGGACCUGAAAAACGAGAUCUGGUACCAAAAAUGCCACGACCCCGUGUGCAGAGCGGAGAACUUCAAGUCCGAAGGCUCCCCGCUGCCCGCCGCCGUCUGCCUCCCGUUCCUCUUCAGAGAGGAAGAGGAAGAUGUCGGGUUAACCCUGGCGGAGAGUCGGCGGCCCGGAGGGAGGGCGACGCCGCCCGCCGCGGACUGGGACGUGAGCGACGAAGCGUCCCUGCUGGAGGCCGCCGCCGCCGCCGAGUCGGCCGCGGCGGCCCAGAGCGGCUCGCCGCCGCCCGCCUGCCACGCCGGAGCGGGAGAGCUCCCCGACGCCGUCCUGGUCGCGGCGCUGCAGGAGCACGAGGCUCGGUCCCACUAGCCGUCCGGCCACAGGCGGCCCACCACAGGACCCGGAGGCGCUCGGACCGGCCCCCGGCUCACGGCGAGGGGAAGGGGAGUCGCCCCUGACUGCCUGCCCUUCGGGGGCUCGAGGCUGGUCUUCUUGGGCGACCCCCGACCCUCUCAGUGAGCUCUGACUGGCAGGAAGAGGGUGCUGGGGGACCCCUUUAGCGCGUUCACUGGGGUAGUUUCCACCGGAGGGGAAACUCGGGGCCAGCCGGGGUCCAGUUGGCCCAGGACCUAAGGGUUGUAUGAAAGGGCCGCCCUGCCCUGCCCUUUCCCUCAGGUCUCUCCCGGCCCCCGGCCCCGCCCGAGGUCCGUCCGAAGGCAGGUCGUGGUGCCGGGGGUUUUCAGCCCAGGAGAGCAAUGAGAAAGGUUACACUUUAUUUAUAUCCACUCUACACACACCAUACACGCUCGGCACGUGACCCGCUUGCUGGCUAAAGUGUUUUUAACACAGAAUAAAGCGACGCGUGGAUUUACGCAGCAACGUA